AUGAAUGAACAUGUACCAUCUUCUUCUUCCUCCGUCAUUCAAUCACUUCCUAGAGAUUUAUUACUUGACAUGUUUGCAAGCAUAGGUUCUCAAUCAUUCGUCGAUCUUCAUCGAAUGAAAAUAUGUUGCAAAGACUUUCUUGAACUCAGUGAAGAAAGUUAUGUUUUGCAAAAUAUUUCUUUGGACAAUUUUCCAUUCAUCCAAUGGAUUCCUAAUGAAAAUGCAUUGAUCUUUUUGAAACGUUGUGUGGAAAGUGAAAAUGUAGAGAGUUUAUAUAGAGAAGGAUUGUGUGAGUACUUUAGCUAUCCAAAUGAAAAUAUAGAUGGUCUUGAGAGCUUAAAGUUUGCAGCUCAAAAGUGUCAUAAAGAAGCGAUGUAUGUGUACGGUAUGAUUUUGAUGUGUUCUGAGAAUCAUGAUUCUAGAAAACAAGGAGUUGAGUAUUUGCGUUCAUUGAGAAAAUCUAAAUGUAUAUUGCGUACAAGGAAGAAUGUACAAUAUUUUACGAAUUCUUUAUGGAAAAGUAAUGGAGUGUUGCUGCGCAAUAACACUCCUAUAUGCAACACAAAAAGCACGUGCAAUGGAUGGAGAGUUAAAGAAGGUCGGUGGUCAUUAAUGGAUGAUGAUAUUAAAUUAUGUGAAAAUUGCAGAUGGGAUCAUGAGUUAGAGUUUUUUUAUAAAUUACUUAAAAUUUACUAG